UGGUAAUUGCCUUUUGACAGCUCUUUCCGUUUCCUUUUUCGCGUGCGCCGUCAUCAUGAGAGCCAAGGGAUUGUUGAAGGAAUACGAAGUCGUUGGCCGUAAGUUGCCAAGCGACAAGGAGCCACAGACGCCUCUUUAUAAGAUGCGCAUCUUUGCUCCAGACAACAUUGUCGCCAAAUCCCGUUUCUGGUACUUCCUACGCCAGCUGAAGAAGUUCAAGAAGACCACCGGCGAAAUUGUCUCGCUGAAGCAGGUCUACGAGACGUCGCCCGUUAAGAUCAAGAACUUUGGCAUCUGGCUGCGUUAUGAUUCCCGUUCCGGAACCCACAACAUGUACCGCGAGUACCGUGACCUGACAGUCGGUGGUGCCGUCACACAGUGCUACCGUGACAUGGGUGCUCGUCAUCGUGCCCGCGCUCACUCCAUCCAAAUCAUCAAGGUAGAGUCGAUCAAGGCAGCGAAGACGCGCCGUGUGCAUGUCAAGCAGUUCCAUGAUUCCAAGAUCAAGUUCCCAUUGGUGCAACGCGUGCACCACAAGGGCAACAGGAAGCUGUUCUCAUACAGAAAGCCAAGGACCUACUUCCAAUAAGGCGCUAUUGAAUACACAGACCAGCGGGACUCUAGGCAUUGCGUGCCUUCCGGACCAUUUGGUUUUGCAAAUUGAUAAGGAGCAAGUCUUUCUAAGUGGUUUUUCAAUAAAACGAGUAUGUUGAAGAGUA